CUCCUGCGCAGCCGCACUAAACCCCUCUCAGCCUUAGAGGCUCGUGUUUUCGGUCUAGCACGGGGUUCCGAUCCCACCAGCCCCCGCGAACGAACGCCGAGCAACAGGGGCUCGGAGGCCGGAACUGCGGCCGCGCAGAGGGAACCAGAGCCUCUCCCCUUGGCAGUCGCUCUAGCAAUGCCCGCCCCCCUGCGACGGCUCUGAGGUCCGCUGGAUUGGUCGGCUGACGGCCCAGGCGUUGUCUUGUAGCGGCCGCUGAUUGGUCAGCGGCCGGCUGCGCACGUGGGAACCUAAGUACGCGGGUGCUCACUGGCACGAGUGUUGCGCCUCAGCUUCCGUGGGUUUCCGGCCGGCGCGUCACGUGGUCGGGCCCUAUUUCCGGCGCGAGGACCGUUUCAGGCGUCGAGCGGUGAUAACCGUUAAAACCGUCGCCGCGCCGGGAGAGGCGCCAUUGCUACCUGGCUCCCGGGCCCUCCGGAGGCCGAUUUGGCGGGCUCUGGUGCCAGCAAAGGCCUCUCAAGUGGCACUUUUUCUUCCCUUUGAACUUUCUCGUCUUAGGUGUGCGCCUGAAGCAGGAGUUGAAGAUUUACCAGUCCUAGGUGACCAAACAGUUUCGCAAAUAACCCUCCAGCAAGUUUAAAAAUAAUUAGGCCCAGCUCAGAGAAAGCAGAGUUGCUCUGGUUGCACAAAAAAGAUGUCCAGCUGCUCCAGUGAAGUCGAUGUGAUAAGGACACGAAUCCCUGCUUAUGAUGAUGAUAACAUUGUUCUUUAUGCAUAUGAACCAAAUACUGCAUAUGUCAAUGAUCAGGCAAGUGUUAAAUCUAACACAUCCUACAACGAAGAGCAACAAAAAACAGUUCUGGAUGUCCUUACUUACUGCCAGGUCAUCUGUGAUGCUAUUCAAAACCUGGAUAAGAAGUUUGAUGUUAUUCAUGGAAAGGUUACAAAAAUCCACCGUUUUUGUGUGAAGUCAUUGUGGCAAAAUCGUAAGCCACUUGGAUAUCCAUAUAAAAAUUAUAAUUACCUGCUUUCUAAAAGGAUCAAAUACCAGAAAAUGAGGAAGAGGGAGCCUUGCUCUCCAUUCUCUCACCCUGUAAGUUACAGCCCCACUUCGCCAGUACGAAGACCAGAAAAUGAUUCCCAGAGCAACCCUAUGGGAACGCCUGUCCAGUCCGAGGAGUGUGCGGAGCCGGAGCAGGAGCAGGAGCAGGAGCAGGAGCCGGAGCCGGGCCUCAGCCAGAGCCAGGUCCCCUCCGUCUUCUCCGUGCAUUCCUACCAGCACUACUACCCGCCCGAGGACCCCAUGCAGGGCUCCUCCUCCAUGCCUUGCUGCCACAGUCCAGCGGCCCACAGCACCUGCGGUCUUUACUUAGCCGCCCAGGCCACUGCAGCCGAACCUGCAACCAUGCUGACCCAGGGUGAAUGCAGUCCAGCACAUAACCGUGACACGAUCGUCUACCCAGCUUUACUGGAAAACAAUAGUCUCUGCCAUGCUGGCUCACCUGUCUACCUCCCUACCGGCUUCGCUCCAAGUUCACCAGUUGGAAGUGACCCGAGUGUCCUCAGACAGAGCUUACUUGAUGACCCUUCAACCUGGUCUGUGGAUGAAGUGAUCCUGUUUCUGAAACACAUAGAUCCUCAGACAUCAGGCACCCUCACCAACCUCUUCAGGCAACAUGAAAUUGACGGGAAAGCUCUGCUGCUGCUCAAGAGUGACAUGAUGAUGAAGUACAUGGGGCUUAAGCUGGGGACAGCCGUGAAGCUGUGCCACUACAUUGAAAGGCUUAAGAAGACAGAUACUUAGACAAUUAAAAAAGUGUGUAGAUUAGAUUGGACUUAAUUCUAGGGAGACCAAUGCCAUCUUUUCUCUGCCCUUAGAAGUUUUUGUUGUGUAGAAGGUUCCUCUAAAAUACGGUGUAUCCAAAAUGGCAGAACCCUGGGACAGUCCAGUCUACUUCUUUAGAAGCCAUUUAACAUGUUAGCACUAGCAAAGUCAAACUGGUGGUUUGUUCUUUGUAUCUUUUCAUUAUUUUCAUUGCAUAGUUUACAGAUACACUUCAUGCAGGAAACAGAGAAACACCUUUGAUUUUGGUUAAUGUUUAUAUGUAAAACCAAAACAGCCAAAUCCCAAAGGGGAAAGUAGUCAGGGAAGGAUUGACGGGUUCUUUAAGGAAAUCCAUGAGGAGUUUUCUUUAGAAUUUAAAGAUGCAACUGUAGAUAUCAUCUCUUUCUCAACUACUUUAUGUCUGUUACUGCAAUGUUCUGUUCGUGUUCUAUCAGUUUCCUGAAAGGGAACAGCCACAUAAAUCACUUUCCUUUCUGUUAUUAUUUCACUGUAUGUUUUACCUGUUCCUGUUUAAAGAAAAAAAAACAGCCUUUUAAGAUUUCUUGAAGUGUUCUUACCAGUUUUUUAAAAUUAUAAGGUAGAUAGUCAUUUUAUGCAAGAGAUAUUACACUACAAGGGGGGGUUGGAUGGAGUCUGACUAUAUUCUUUUCAAUUAAUAUGUUUUAUUUUAAAACUUCCUUAUUUUGUCUAAGCUUCAACAUUUUAACUAGGCAAUCAUUGUUCACAUCUCUCCACGAAGAUGCCUAUGUCCAAGUUUUUUAAAGAUGUGUUUUAUUAUCUGUUUAUUCCUCAUAUGGGUACUGUUUCAUAUAUAUGUUUUAUUCUGUAUCUGAAGUAUACACACAAGUAAAUCUUUUCUUUUUUAAUUUAAAAUGGCACUUUACACUUCCACAGAGGUAAAGAUCCACUCUACAUAUAGUGAGUUUUUUUAUUCUGUAAAACAUAUGCACAUCGUUUGACAUCACUGGUACCUCUCAGCUCACACUUGAGGGUUUCCCUACAGGGAAGUUCUGUCUUGUGCGAUGUUUCUAGUUAAUUUCCUUUCUGAGCCAUUUAUCCUACUAAACUUUGGAAGGUACAUCAGUUCUGAUUUGUCAUUUUAAACUUGAUUUUAAAAAUCAGAACUUUCACAUGGAACGUGUUCAUUGUUGUUUUAUUUAUUACAUCGUUAUAUUGUGUAAUAUUUAGUGUAAUGUUAUAAGCUAUGAGAAAUGGUGCUAAUUGUAUUAGCCAUUUGUUAUAAAUGCCAGUAAGAUGUUCACCAGGGGUAAGACUGUAUGUUUUCUUUUUAGAAAACCAAGUGUACUUUAUAAGCAAAUGCAACUAUUUACUGGGCGUAUAUGAUUCAAAGGGCUUUUUCGUCCAUGUUAUUUCUUUUGUGUUACAAGACAAGAUUCUAAUUUAAACUUGUCCUUCUUUCAAAUUGUUUGUGUGAAGAUGCUGUGCCACUUGAACAGUCCUCAGGUGUUUGUAUAAAUACUAUGUUUUACAGUUUUUAGAUUUUAAAAUACAAUAAAGUUUAAU